UUUUCUCUCUUGCGUCUGCUUCGUGUCGCUGUUGCUGCUGCGGCUGCAUUCCAGUCAGAAAAACUGCCAGCAUUUGAUUACAAAAAAUGAGGCAGUAAGUUUGAAAAGUUACCACCGUAGUUUUUGUAUGCUGGCAUUCGCGGUUUGCACGCGUUUGUUUUGGUGUGUUUGUGUGGGUGCGGGUAUGGGCGCGCUAGCCAUGUGUGAAGGCCGAAACCGUCGCAGAAAACAACAACACAGCAGCUUCAACCGUUCCGUCCGACUCGACAGGUGAGGUGCGAGCGGGUGUAUCAAGUUCAGACCAAAACAUAAUAAACAUAUUGAGGGGUCUGUAGGUGGAGCUUUUUUUCGCUUCUCUUGUUUUGGAACCAGCAGUAUUUUAGAAAUGUGAAACCGGUGGAAAUUUAGUCAUGAAGUUUGAUUAUGCACUGAAAUGAGCCAGAAUCAGUGAACAGUGAGAGAGAGAGUGAGAGGAGGAAGAGCUGCGAAAAGCUACAUUCAAAACACAACGGUCAGUGCCAACCUUGCAUAUUGAUUAAUGGAAAUUAGAAGUGAAAUCGGUGUCUUGGACGAGAAAUAAUAUGUUGCGCAAGCAGAGUGAAGCAUCUUGGUGACUACGAGUACGAGAUGAGUGAAUAAAUCUGUGGGCCGAACCCCAUCUGGAGGCAGAAAGAAGGAAAGCGAGUGCGCACGUGUUUAAUAGUAUGACAGUGACAACGAGCAGAGGCGAACGGGCAGCCACAAGACACUGGGAGUUUCAGUAGAGCGUUUUCUCGGUGGAAAAACGACAUUCCCACAUACCCACUAAGCAACCGUUUGCUGGUGGUGGCAAUCGCAGAAGAUGGAAUUGAAAGUAUGGGUCGAAGGAAUACAGCGUAUUGUUUGUGGAGUGACGGAAGUCACCACUUGUCAGGACGUGGUCUUUGCGCUGGCACAUGCAACUGGGAAAACUGGGCGGUUCACCCUCAUCGAGCGGUGGCGCAACAACGAACGCCUUCUGGCACCGCACGAGAACCCGCUCAAGAUACUCAUGAAAUGGGGCGAGUACUCUAGCGACGUGCAGUUUAUCCUGCAGCGAUCGGAGCAGAAAAAAGAUCAAAGCCAGCAGAACGCCAACACUAACAACAACAACACUCAGCAGUCUCAGAUUCCUACCCCGAAUCCUACCAUUCCACAGCAGCAACAACCCCACAAUACUUCCGUUCCACAUCCACAAUCCCAGCAGCAAAUCCUUCGACAUCAACAGAAACUAAAUCAUGUAAAUAACAACAAUAUCAAUAGCAGCAACAAUAACACUAACAACAGCAGCAGUCCGGAUGAGGCGAGAAGAAAGUUGGUGCAAAACAACCUGAAGAACAGCACCGGUGGGAAUGAGCCUUACGGUAAGCAACAGCAGCAACAGCAACACCACCCACAGACGGAAUUGAUCACCAGUUCAUUGCCACUGGAGCGGGGCAAAGAGUCAAGGAAGAGUCUCAACUCAGGGUCACCACCGAACUUGAGAAAAGCUGGCAGCAAUAAGAGCAAUAAUAACACCAUCGGUACGAGCAACGUUAGGGUCGAAACCAUUGGCCUAGUGAAGGGGAUUUCACAGAAAUCUCCCAACAACAGCACGAGCUCUAGCGGCAGUAGUAGCAGCAUCAGUGGAAGCCUAAGCAGUAACAGUAUUAGCAAUCAGAUUGCUAACAAUGUGGAAGCAACGUAUGCCAGUGUGAUUAAGAAGCCCAAAAAUCUUCAACAGAACGGUAGUAAUGCCAUUGUGGGGGAGUUUAACGCGGCCGAUCUGCGUAAUUCUUUGGAUCGGAAAUUAAAUGGUCUUUUGUACAGUAACGGAGUCAAUACUGGAUACCACGUUCAACAGCAGCAGCAGCAUAACUAUGGCGGGACAACAGCGAUUGUGGGCGCCACCCUAAAGGAGAACUCUCGGUUCUCUGGACCAGUGCAUCAUAUCGGCAGUAACGAUAGUCUGCUGCUCGACAGCAGUAGCGUUAGCAGUGUUAGUAGCAACAGCAAUCAUAAUUUGUUGAUUAAUCCGAUCAACAACGCCAGCAGCAAUAAUAGCUCUCCCAUCACUGGAAUCUCGUCGAAUGGUGCGUUGGUACCUCCGCCAUAUCGUGACCCACCUCCACCCAGAAACUCACCGCUUUCCCACAAACUGGAUAACCUCAACAAUAACAAUCCGAACGCCAGCAUCAGCAGCAACGGCAGCGGAAACAGUCAAACUCUCAACAACCUCAACAUCAAUAGGAAACUCGAGAAGGAUAGUAUCAAUAUGAAUCUGGCGCUGGCCGCGGCGGCGGGACAUAGCAGCGGUGGAAGCAUUGGAAGCGGGAGUAGCGCCAGCAAUGCCAACGAGUUGCUUCUUCUGAGCGAAAUGAACCUGAACGAUGGCCCGCAUCAGAACAAUACGACACAGUACAGGGAUCUAAUACAGCUUAUCAAGUAUCAGCGGGAGAAAAUCAAUACCCAACAGGCCGAUCUAUCGAAGUACGACUCGGAGAUCCAGUAUCUGGAGGGCAAGGGUCGUGAGCAGCAAGAGCAGCUGGAAACGAUCACUCAGGAGAUCAACAAAACCGACCAGGUCUUUCGGCAGGGUAGCGAGCAACUCCAAACGCUGCAGUACGUCGAGGAGGAAGGUGAGCUGGUGCGGCAGCAGGAGAAAACUCUCAAAUCCGAGAUCACUCUGCUCCGCUCGAAGCUAGCCAACUGUGAGACGGAACUGCUGCAGUGCAAGAACAAAAUCCGCCUGCUGAUGGACGAAAUCCAGGUCGAGCAGCGCAAGUAUUGCCGACAGUAUGACUCUAAUCGUGCACAAUUAGAACGUCAUCUAAUGUCUGAAGUUGACAGGAUUCAACUGGAGAUCGAUCUGGCGAUCCAGAGUGCCGACCACACCAACAAGACGACCGAGAAGCUGAAAGGCGAAGUGGCGAGCAUCGAGAGCAACAUCGCAGAGAAGAAGAAACAGGUCGAAAAGUUGGUGCACGAAAUGAAGGAAGCGAAUCUACAGAGCCUGGCAGUUGCACCUGCGGACGAAGUACGACAUCUUUUAGAAGUAGGAACCGUGAAACCGGGUAGUACUCGGCGCAUGAUUGGAUCUCCCAGGCAGCUAGAGAAUGCAGUCCCCACCAGUAAGAAUCCACAUGGCGUGUGGGUUUAAUAUAAGGAAACAGAGACACAACAGCAACAGUGGCAUGCAAUAAGUUAAUCAACCAAAUGUGAUAUUGAUGUAAGGAUGAUAUACGUUGGAAGCUGCUGCCGUGCGAAGGCAACCCAGCCAAGUCUACGAUCGUAUUAACAUAUUUUUAAUCAAACAAGAACCUUCAUCAAACGGCCUCAAUUUCUACACUAUCAACAAAAGGUUAUUUUUAUACAUGUAGACUAUAUUCCAUAUACUGUGUUGAACAGUUGUACUGAUAAUUUCUUGUCUGCGAGGUGCGAAUGCACCCAUAACAUAUUUUGUAUGAUUUACAAUGUCGUAUAUUUUGAUAAAGCGGCAAUUCCCAAGGGUCCAAAUUACUUACGAAAACAGUAAACUGGGAAAAGAAACAGCUGAUCAAAUCAGACUGCAACAUUUUUAAGGCAUCCUCUUCGUUCUGGCGAAGCAAAAUAAGCAAAAUAUUACGCGGUUCACAAACCCGCAACGCAAUAAUGGCCUCGGAUGCGCUAUAGUUGUAUCUCGUAUUGUUAACAGAUAUAUUUAUAUCAUUAUGAAUUGCACGAGCAAGAACAACAACAUUCCACUGCGCCUCGUUUGGAUUUGACUGUUAAUAGGCGUUAUUUUGUACUUUGUAAGGAUUUUUAAUGGUUUAAGAUUAUAGUAGAUGCUAAGAGCCAUGCUAAUAUUCAGACUGUGUAACUACGUUUUAGUUUUAUAGAUAUUUAUUGUCGAUGCAAGAUGAAAAUCAAAUGAAGCCAUUUCUCGUUUAUUCAUUUUUUUUAGUGGCUGACCUACGUAAAAUACAAAAUUUCACAAAACUCACUUUUUCAGAGCAUGAUCGUAGCGAAACGCCAUUAUGUAAGUUUCAAAACAUCCAGCAAAUCAGUUUUGUGUUUUGUUUCGAAGGAUUAUCUUAGCUAGGUUAAUAAUGUACAUUUUAUUAAAAUAACUAGAGUAACAAAAACAUAUUUACUAUCUUCAAGUGAAAACGAUUUCAAAGCAAACUAAUACGAUAUAGUAGUUAAUUACAAAUCAAACACUAGAAACUAACAGCUACGUACUUAAAAUUCAUACUUGUUGUUCUAAAAUACUACUGAAGACGACUACUUGGCUCGGUUGAAGCGAAUAUAAUGCAACUAAACCACCUAUUUCAAAACAAAAUCAGCAGCACCUAGAUAGAAAAUUAACGCCGUCGUAUAAUUGGCCUGAACGAGAAACAUAAAGAUGACACAUAGCCACUCGCACGAAACAAUCACGCGGAUACUCGACACACACCGAAUGAUAACCUUAUCUACAAAACAAAGAAAAAAAAAAAACAAAUACGAAAUCAAAUAUUUUAAAGCUUUUUCUCCCUAUAUCUAUAUACUCUACCGCACAGUAACGUCUAUUUUUAUCCGGGUUCUAGAGAGGAAUAUUUGAGAUACAUUUGAAAACAACAAUAAUCAGAAUCAGUUCGAUAACUGAAAGAAAGGUUUCAUAUUAUAUAUUGUAACAUAUAUGAAGACUAUGAAUAUUAGUUCCCUGCCUCCUCCUACAGGAUUUGAUUUGGAAUUGAACCAUCAAUAGUGAAAUAUUUAUGUAGAGAGAAAAGCAAGCCCAAGAAGAUGAACAUAUUUAUCUAAAAGGUAGAAUUACUAAAGCAAAACAUUUCAUCAUGAACGCAUUAUUCAAUUUUCCGUAAGGGAACCAUUCUUGCUUCCUCAUUCGGCUUCGGAAAGUCUCAAAAAAUGGCGCGUCAUGACAAAUGAGGGGCUCAAAGUUAAAGGGGUAUAUGUGACAUCGAUUCUCUCUUUUGGUCAUAAUCUAGCAGCAAACACGUUCCCAGCUGUGUUUGGCAAUGUGGAAGAUAGGUCAGAACCUCAUUUAUCGGAUUCUAUAGCAAAAUCAAAUUGGAACGUAUUUGCAGUUGAGUUAUUAACUAAAAAGAAAGUUGACGAAGAGAAAUCGAUCAAGUCACUUACACCCCUUUCCUUCUGAGCCCCUGAAAUAUAUUCUUCCAUGCAAUUCGUGCGGCAACAUUCACAGAUUACAAUUCUAGCAUCUUGGGAAAUGAUUCGCUUGUCUCAUUUUUACCAGGUGUGCGAGUUGAAAUUGUCUGUUUUUUCCGAUGAAGAAAACACAUAAUUUUCAGGAGAACUUCAAAAUAGUUUUAUUCGAAUUGAUCCCCGUUUAAUUCUACCCAUUUCACCCAUCUCUCAGGCAAAUUGUGAAUUCCCAGCAAACAUUAAAUCGUAUGAAAAGCCAUAAUUGGAGGCGAUAUACAUACAUCCAAGACACAUUCGGAUGAUAUAUGAUGCAUAUAACCUGCAUAUACACGCAAAAGUGCAGGCGAUAUACGUAUAUGCCAUAUUUUAUACGCAUAUGGAGCCAUAUAUAACGAUAUACGAAGCUUUUUACACUGAUAUGCGAUUUGAUCCGACAAUGUCAUAUAAAAUGAAUAGAGUGUGCGUAUACAAUACAGCAAAUCGCGAUACUAGGAUGAUCGUUAUACCGUUAUACGACUUGAUCCAUCAACGAUAUAGAAAGUCGGGUUUUUGAAUUUUAUACGAUUUCGGAUACACAUGAUGCAUUCUUCGAUUGAUCUUUUAUACGAUUGCAAUUUGAUACGAAUUUAUAUGAGACCUGGCAUAUGCGAAAGUUAUACGAUUUAAUGUUUGCUGGGUUCCUUUCCGAUGCAACAUUUUUUUUGUUUUGCCGACACAUUUUUCGACAUCUUUAUAUUAGGCGAAGUGCUGCUCUGCAAGUGCAUGUCCCAUUGAAAAAAAAAAACUAAUAAUCUGAUGGGCCAGAUCUGGAGAACACGACGGGUGCGAUAACGUUUCCCAGUUGAGGUUAUGCGUCCUUUCCACGACAGUGUGCGCCGGUGUUUUGUCAUGCUUUCACUUUUUCCGUUAAUGCAAAGUUUAAAUUCAUCAUUUGUUGUAGGCAGCAAUCCGCAUUCACCCUUUCACCAUACCUUCCUGGUCCCAUCACACACAGGGCAUCGUUUUUGACCAAAACUAUUCGGCUUUGAAGAAGAUGGGUCGGCUUCAUCAGAUAAAAGCCAUAUUUUUUGCACUUGUGGUCCUCAAAAUAAAUCCAUUUUCCAUCGCCAAUAACAAUUCGAUGCAAAAUCGACUUCCUUUGAUGAAAAAACAUUUCACGAAUGAUUUAGCGAUGUUCCAUUUGACUUUCACUCAGUUUGUGUGGCACUCACUUUCCGAGCUGAUGGAUCUUUCUUAUGGCUUUAAGGUGAAGGUGGAAGGAAGCCACGAAUGACUGCCACAAUGGCGCUCAUUCUUUUCAUCUCCCUCCCUCACCCCUCGCCCGAUAUGCAAAAAAUUCAAUAAUUUUGCGAAACAGUGUGUUAAAAAUGAUCUUUUUCGCACACUUCCCAUGAAGUAAUAUCAACCAAACUCUAAUCGAUUACUCACAAGAUAUUAAAUUUUCAUCUAGCGUCGCAAUGUAUAAUGAAAAACGACGGAAAACUGGAGCUAGUGCUCCGAAAGUUAAAAUUUAAUUUCUCAAUUUUCCGCAAUGGUUUUAUUUGUAUUGAUGGAAGCAUCGUUAUUUUUCCGACACUGACGCCAGAAAACAUCAUCGAAACAGCUAUAAAAACCACUCAAUAAAAUGUUAUUCCUGAGUCAUAGCGUUUCAUAUUAUGAAAAUCAAUAAAAUAAAAUUGUGUUGAUGUCAAUAUAAUUUUUACGUUUAAUGGAACAAGAAUGUAAGUUUCAGCAACUUUAACAUUGGUUGAGAAAAUUGUAUUGCAGAGCUCGGAACACUUCCACGGCUGCCUCUGCUGUCAAAAAUACUAAACGGAGAAGUAUUAAAUACAAUCAAAAUACCUCGGCCAACGAAGAGAAGGAUUAAGGCUCUCCAACGUGAAUAUGUGAAAAAAAACGAUCAACGUAGGAAAAUAUUAAGGAACUAUCAACUAUAAUCAACUGUAGGAUGGUCUGCUUUGGUCUCCUCAAACACCAUGAUUUUUUAAAUUUAGUGAUUACAAUAAGUUUAAGUUUGUGACUUCUCGUGGCGUUGCUACAAGAUAAGAUUGCAAUUCUUUCCUUGCUAUUUCUAUGCCCUGGAACAUUUUUUCUGUCUUAAUGGCUAAAGUAUAAGUGGAAAUUAGGGAGGCGAUCUGUCGUAGGUUACGAGUUCGAUUCCCACUCCCGACAUUCUUCCAAAAAUGGAAGUAAAAGUGACGAACCAGCCAAAAUGUGUUGAAAGUCACUAUAAGGAAAUUCCAAGAGAGCCCUAAUUCGCAUGUGUUAUGUAUUUGCUCAUGUUACGCUCGCGUAUAAUUAGAAUUUUACUUCAUAUGCAAAUACACCUUCUAUAUAUAUUUGUAAUUGCAAUUGUUCAUCGGAACACAUCGUUCAUACGUUUUUUUGACGUAGGACUACGUCUUUCAUAAAGGGUGCCAAAUCAGAAAACAGGUCACGUUUUUAUGAAAUAAAGUUAACGUUAAUAACUAUUUUUGCCGCGAACGGAUUUUGGCGAUUCACAUACUAAACGAAUCAGAAAUUCCGUAAAAUUUCUUUAAUAUGCUAUACAUUAGAAUCCGCUGGUUUGUAAAUGGUUAAAAUUCAUGAAAACUUGAGGCGUUUCCAUUUUCCCAUACAUUUGUUCUGUCCAUUUGUGUGCUUUCCCGAACAGACCUGUCAAUAACGAGCAACUUAUCGACGACCAACGGAGGGGAAAUCGUAGGAUUCAAAGUACCCAUGAACAAAGGAAAAGUAGAAGAAUGAAGGGGAAUACUUGCCUAGAGUAUAAACAGUGGAUCUCGCUGAGGCAAACUUUCAUUCGGCAUCGGACUGUUGAGCAAUCCAGUUCACUUUGCUUUCGCUGCGCUUCGAUCUAAGAUUGGACCCCACCAGUGGUAAUCCAACUUGGAUAUCGUCGUGUGGUUUUUUUCAGUUCGUAUUUGGCGUUAUUCGUAUCGUGUGUUUUUCUUUCCGCGUCAUAAAUUGGACGCUUCCCGCGUCAUAAAUUGGACGCUUCCCGCGUCAUAAAUUGGACGCUUCCCGCAGUGUGUGAUGAGCAAGAAGAAGAGGAAGGCUGACUCGAGCACUGCAAAAAGCGAACGCAUUGCCAGGGGCAAUCAAAUUUCGAGGCAAGCGUCAUCUCGUGAAGCACGCGAUGUUGGUGCAGUGAAAAGCGCUCGCACUGAACCGAGCCUUCGCGAGUGUGACACCGCAUCGAACUACAGCGAAGUAGGCAGCAGCAACCAAAAUCAAGCUCCCCUCGCUGGUGGUGAAGGCGGUCGCUCUUGACAAACUCAUCAUCGAAUUCGCACCGAUGGGUGUUACAGCAGAGUACAAGCUGUGUGGCAUAAUUCAGUCUUUUUCCAAGCAGUUUUUUUUUUUAUCCCAUUUAUUUAUUUAAGGCUCAUUAGCAUUUUAGCUGUAACAGAGCCGAAUUUUAAUCGUGUACAUGUCACAUGGUUAUCAAAUCUAUAAUUAGCACAUUACACAGUCGCCAUUCGCCAGUAUUCCUUCUAUACCAUUACAUAUGGUACAUUCACACAGUAGCCAUUUAGGCGUAAGAGUAUUCUUUCUGUUCUUCCAUUAUCCAGUUGGACCACCGGACAGCGGAGACAGUUGAUUGAUCAUUGUUGAGUUAUUUAUAGAACAGCAGCCCGAUGUGUCUUGCAGAGCAGAGCAGUUGUAUGGAUGAAUCGAUCUUAUUUCGACCGUGGAUCGAUCUCCAUCGCUGAUGAUUUGUUGCGUGGACGUAGCUAUUCUGUAACAACACAAAGAUGGUCAAUGAGGGCCCUGAGUUUUGAACUCACGAUCGAUCGCUUACUAAGCGAACGCGCAACCAAUGUGGCUACGGAGACCCCCCAACAUUUUCCAAGCAGUUAACAUUGUUUGUUUUCCGUCAUAAGGUUGUGCGUCAAAAAAAUAUUUGGGGAAUACCAAGCAUCUUGAAUGUCUUGCUGGAAUGUUAUAAGUUAUUUGGGUUCGCGUGCCAGUUGCAAAACUGCCUUCAGCUAGGAUUGCAUUAGCGCUAUGAAGCAUUGCUACUGUUUUCGAGAUUGUUAUUAACAAAAAGAGUUUAUUUCGCUUGUUUAGUCACCGAGAAAGUAAAUGUCGUUCUGGAAUUUUGUAUGUGGUUUCGCUUGCCAGUAGCAAAACUUCCUCCACUAAGGGUGAUAGCUGCGCUUCUCUCGAGCAUGAGCAAGAAAUACAACUUUUUUUCGAGGCCAGUAAUAUUAACAGAAGCGUUUCUUUUGAGAAUAGCGCAAAAUGAUGAGAAGUGUUUUAUAUUCCUAGUAGUUUCAAGCCACCAAUGUAUGGCUCUGUAUGCAUGCUAUGGCGAACGCUUGUUUGGCGCUUGGUUUACGUUGUACGAACGAUGCCUAGAGGUGCGAUUCCUUUAAGGCAAUACUAAAUAACAUGUAGCAUGAUAUUUGAUACUUGCAAGUGUUGUCAUUGUGUUGUUUCCAUGCGGUGCCAAAGAUAUAUUGAUGUAGUUAUGAGAUGUGGAAUAAUGGUGCUGGUGCAACAUGUAUAUAAUCGAGUCUAGCCGAGUAUAUGUCAAUUGCGAAAAAGGCCAAAAAAAAAAAGAAAAGCGUUCGAGGUAAAUUUUCAUUGCAUUGACAUGAAAUAAAUUGCGACUUACGAUCAGCUAGUGUAUUGUUUUACGAGGGCAAGAAUGAAUCAUCAAUCAAUUAUCGUCAACAAAUUCUACAAUGAAAAAACCAUUUCAGAGAUUAUUCUACUAAGCAGUUGUUUCUAAAAUUUCACAGCAUUAUAGAAUAAUAUCCGAAGGUAUGAAUAAGCGACUUAUAUAGAAUAACAGCGUAGUUCUACGUCAACAAUGCGGUCGUAUCUUGGACACAACCUCCUAUAAUUUUUUAGUAUUGAAUUGUAAUUUUAUUCUAAGACUCGUGUCACUGAAGCGCCACAAAGUCUGAUAAGUGAAUUAAUCUAUUCACGUUUCAAAACCAAAACAAACGGUAUACUUUGCUCGUCUCUCUCAAACACUAUUACUUCAUGAAAAACACGUGCUUUUACCUAUACUACUACAAUGACUUCCACCUUCACCUUAAAAAGAUGGCUAAUUGCUUUUCGUAAUACAUUCAGCGUUUCUGCCAUUUUUCGUUGUGUUUGAGUUGGGUCUGCGUCCAAAAGCUCUUGUUAUUCUCCGUCCUCAAACCGUUUCGCUACACCAGGAUGGUCAUUGUCCUUCGGAUUGAAAUCACCACUUUUUAAUUGGCGAAACCAACAUGUUCACCAUAAGAUUCCACAAUUCCACAAGCACUUCAUGUCUACGAGUUACAGGAUUGUUACGUAUUGACCCAAAAAAUGUUUCAAUAACUCAAAAACUGCUUUGAAAGCAAGCUAUUGAAAUCAUACGCCUGGAAACAUCGUAACAGAUUCAUGCAAGCUGACAUAUGUAUUUGUGUUGAUCGGAAUGUGUUUCCGAACAUAAACACUAAAUAAGGUGACUUUCAAUAAUUUUUCAAAAUAUUCAUUCAUUCAUUCAAUAAUCGAGAAUUGAUUCAGAUGCAAAUAAUUGAUAACCCAGCCAACAGUAGUCCUACGUUUAUCUUGCGGUUAUAUCACAGAUACAGCUCAAUUCUAGUUUUUUCUUAAAAUGAAAAAAAAACAAAAGUAGCGAAUGUACUCUUUACUCGGAACGAAACUCGACAUUCAUAAUACGGUAAACAACCCAAUUAUUUUGAUUUUGGAAGAAUGCCACUAACAUAAUUUUGAAGUUUAACACGUUGAGCCUUGCGUCGAUACCUGGGGACUAACCUUAAAUUUUUCAUCUGUUUCGCGCCGGUCUCGUCAGAUCGACAGUAUACUUUUGAAUAUGAAUACAAUGAAUAUUUUGAAACUUCAGGACAAUAGCUAAAGCGUUACAUAGGGGAUUUGGAAAAUUCAAAAAAUUGCCAAAAUGGCGACCAUUUUUGUUUUUUUUAAUCGUUUAUUUUUACAGACUCAGUUACAUAAGUUUAAAGUAGCUUAACUCCUCAUUGUAUUGUUACAAGUAUAUAUAAACAUUUUUCCUUAAUUCUAUCCAUUUUUGUUGAAAUAGGGUUAUUUUUCAUGAAAAAUUGCUGUUCAAAACACUAUGGAUGGGUUAUACAGGGUUAUACCUAUGAUAUAACCGCAAGGUUGACGUAGGACUGCCGUUGGCUAAGUAAUCAAUCGUAUUUCUUCAAUUAGCAAUAAUGCCACCUCGGAUGAUCCUCAUUGGGUACGAUAUCGCCGCUGCGUAGUGCUAUCUUUUGUAUAUUGAUGAAAAUAGCGAAUGAAUGAAACUAUUUACGAAUUCAAUUGCAAACAAAUCUCAAUUUAAGUUAAUUCAUGCAUUAUGGUAGUAGUUAUCACAGCAAAUAGUUAUCAACAUUUUGCCUAAUCAUCAAACGGUAUGCGUAGAAGUUCAGUGAGCUGGUGACAUGAAGGGAUAUCCUCCAAUGCAGUCUUGAAUAAUCGAGCCAAAGCGUUGCAUUUGUACUCGCUUUUGUAGACCGUGAUAGCAAAACGAAUUCUGGAGUGUAGAAAUGUUUGGGGGUAUAAAAGUAUUGCCGACUUGAAUGUAUCUGCAAUGCCGAUCUCCCAACUUCUUGGUUUCGGAAUCUGUAUUGAGAAAACACAUUCCGGUUUGCAAAAAUACAAGCGAGUACAAAAGUACUCGUAGUUUGCACCUUUCAUCAGGCUUCAUGGGUUUGAAGUCUGUGUUAGGAAAACAUUCCAAUUUGCAGAAACGCAAACGAGUACGAAAGUUCCCACUGCUUGCAUCUAAAUUUCUAUGCCGAUUUCCACAGGCUCCAUGGUUUUGAAGUCUGUGUUAGAGAAACAUUCUCGAUUUCCAGAAACGCAAGCGAGCACAAAAGCACCCGCAGCAUGCAUCAAUUUUGCAAUGUCGAUUUCCUCAGGCUCUAUGGUUUUGAAAUAUGUUUUAGGGAAACAUUCCAAUUUCCAGAAACGCAAGCGAAAACAAAAGCACCCGCAGCUUACAUCUAAUUUGCUAUGCUGAUUUCCACAGGCUCCAUGGUUUUGAACUCUGUGUUAGGGAAACAUCCAUCCAUUCCAGCGAUCGUACCUGAAUCGUUGCGCAAUCGUAACUGAGUGGAUUUCCGAGCGGCACUCGCUUAUAUACCGAUUGGUAUAAUUUCAAUAGCCUGUUUUGAAAGCAAUUUUAGGGCUAUUUAAACAAGUUUUUGGAUCAAAAAGUAAUAAGCAUAUAUCGCGUAGACAUUUUAUCUUUGGAAUGAAGUGUUUAUCAUACCAUUUCGUUCAGUUGUUUAGGAGCUAUUAACGCUCAAAAUCUCGUUCUCGGGCGUAACGCUUUCGUUUUCGAAAUUUUGAACUAACACCCCAGUAUAGAAAUGAAAGACGUAGUCCUACGUCAAAACGGCUAUGUAACGCUUUAGAUAAUUCAUUUUUACAUGCUGAUAGAAAAUUUCAGCCAAAUCGAUCGAGUAGAUCCUGAGAUAUCGAUACCACCGGCUGAGAAAACAUGGUUUCGAGAAAAACGCGUUUCAAAUUCGUAUAGCAAUACUAUAUCCCUUAAGGUGACCUCAUACUUUUGGCUUUAACUUUCCAGCGAAAUCAAAUAUCGAAGAAUCCUUUUAGGACAACAUCCCUGAGGGCAUAAGCUUCCCAAAAAUGCAAAAUCGAAAAAUUCGUUUUUUUCGACCUUCUUGACCAGGAGCAUCGGCAUUAGGAACGACAGUAACAAAACCCGAAAAAGAUUUAAGCAACAGUUCACUAUCGGUCUGCAGUAACCGAAGUGGGCGAGAUGGAAAGUUCAUUGUCGGUCCAUCAGUUCUGUCGGAGCUCAACGUGUUAAUGUCAAAUGAAAAAAUGGCAUGUGUGUCAAUUCCGACGAUUCCAUACAACCCUGAUAACGCUUGCAUUAAAAAAUGUACAAUUUUUGGAUGGCGAUAAAAAAAACUACAAAAGAUAAUUCAUAAUUUAUAACAUAAUUGUAUUGACCAUGUUAUAAAAAUAUUUCGACGCCCUGUCGGGCGACCUUCUGGCAAUUGACAGUUCUUUCUUAGCGUAAUAUAUUAGUUCCUCCUCCGUUUUCGACACGAAAUUGUUAGAGUAGACCCUCCGUUUCAGGUUUGCCCUGAAAUUCUCGAUGGGAUGCAGCUGGGGGACGUUCGGAAGGUUGGCAAACUUCGGAACAACAUCUAUCUUCAAGCGGUUCACCUCCUCCUGUGACUUCUUCGCGUAAUGGACGUAGCCAGGUCAGGACAAAACAGCACAUAUUCGUCCAAAUGGUAUUUUUGGAUAAAGAGGCAGCUUGCAACAGGCACUUUUCGCUGUAAAUCUCCCCGUUUACCUCAAGUCCCGAACGGGAGAAAAGCGGCUUUGUCAUCCCGUUUUCGCUGUUGGUUAGCCACAGAAGCACCUUCUUUGGGAAUUUGGUGUGGGAGAUGUACUUCACGUCGGAACAUACGCCGGAAAAACUCCAUUCUCGUCACUUUCAGUCUUUGUUUUUGGUUCACAGCUGCUGUUCCUACACGGCCGGUCUUGACUUACGUUUCCGCAUGAUGAUGUCCAUCUCCGCUAGGUGUUUUUUCAAUGUCUGGUUCGCUGCUCCGACAUCACGGCCCAAAGCCCGGAUCGAUGAAGCCGUCUUUUCCUCCGUGUACUGCUAUAGCUUCAGCUGCAGUUUACGAUCGCGUAGCACCGUCGGACGACCGGAACCAGGCUUCCGUUCAAUGCUCUCAUUCUUUUCCAGAAGUGUAAGGAUAUUAUAGAUACCGGAAUAGGCGUUUCCGGCGGACUCAAAGUUCUUGACGAUAUCUUCUUUCUUCGUAACGGGAUGGAUCUUCAGUACGCACGAACAAACCAACGCAAUUGCUUUACUAUUUUCGCCAUAACUUCCGCAGUUCAACUGAUAGCGCUGGCAAUUUUUGUUUGAAUACUCAUAGGUUACUAUGAUUGAUGAUGCAUAAGUGGUAUCAUCAUCAGACGUUAAGGUGAACGCAUGAAAAAAAUGUAAAAUUUGACCAUUUUUUAAUGUGAAGUAAAUACUAAACGACAAUACACAACACGUAAUCGGGUGCGCAUUAUUUGUCAUAAUGCAAUCAGCCUGCUGAAACUUAUGUUCAACUACACCGGAAACAACAAAUCUUCCUUACUUCCUCUACUCUGAACAGCACUCUCCAUACCAUCAGCGCUUUGCUGUUACUCACAGAAUUCAGCUUUAGAUAUAAAAAAUCGAACGAGCUUACAAUAUUUUUCAAUAUACUAUACUACGAUGUCUAGGUCUAACUUGUAGAUUCUUCUUCUAUGCGCUUUAAAUAUCAUCAAACAUUUUUCCCAACAGAAUUUAUUGCAAAUGAACGUCCAAUCUCUGUUUAAAACUAACAACUAAUAAGAUAACAGCGAAAUACUCGUAGAAACAUUUUGCUAAUUUGUAUUCAGUACCCAUGUCCAGAAUUUGUUGCAGGCCUACGCCAUCGGAAUCGUUAGGUUAGUUGAUUGACCAUAUCAUGAGACAACAACCCACCAUACAAAAUUCAAACGUGAAUCAAAUAAUAUCACAAACAAUAAUAAACUUGCCACCCGAGUGCUCCGAUGGUUUAGACCAAGCUCAAGUACAAUUCUCAGACAUCGAUUUCAUCGUUUUUGUAAUGAAAUUUUUAGUUGCGUUAAGUUCACAUCUUUCUAUCCAAAACACACAAACGCAGCAACUCAAAUGAAUCGUACUUAGUAGAUUUUAGGUUUAUAGUUUUAGUGGCAAUACUCCGUGUUAGGUUACACGGGGAGAUUUUAUUUAACUAAGUAGACAAUUCUAGACACAGAAGAAGAAUCAUGCUGAGCUAAUAAAAUCAUAUUUGAUUGAAUAUGUAUAUUUACUACGAAUAUGAUAAGAGAGAGCGAGAGUAAAACGAGUUCGUUAGGCAGAAUAAAAUCUGUACAGAAAUCUUGAACGAUAAUGAUAACACUUAAAA